AUGCAAUUGGAACAGGGUAAUAGGUCAGUAGAGGAGUAUGAGGCGGAAUUCACACGAUUAUCCAGAUUUGUUCCUCUUAUGGUUGCUACUGAGGAAGAGAAGACGGAUCUCUUUAUUCAGGGUUUGAGGCAAGAAAUACAGGGAUCCGUGUCUGCCCAUGCUUCUCAAGAUUUUGUUACGGCUUAUAAUGCUGCGGUCAAGUUAGAUGCUAGCACCCCGAGGAAUAAUCAGGGUUCAAGCAGUCAGACUGGUCAUCUCGCCAGAGUAUGUCGUAGUGCAAAGAACCCUAAUAUGAUGCGCCCCGAGCGAUCUGUUCCAGGUGGAGGUGGGGGUCAGUUGAGUGCCGGGGGACAUUCUCAGGCUCGAGGUAAAGCCUUUGCCACGACAAGCAAGGCAGCAGGGGAUGCCAACACGGUGGUGACAGGUACUUUACCCAUAUCUGGCUAUUUCGCUUAUACUGUAUUCGAUUCUGGCUCGACGCAUUCUUUUAUAUCAUUAUCGUUUGUCUGUCAAGCCCGACUUGAAGUAGAGCCUUUAAGUUAUGAGACUAUAGUUUCUACACCUUCAGGAGUCAUGUUGAUGACCCGUGAAAAGGUGAAACUGAAUAAAGUAGAAGUAUCUGGCCAAACAUUAGACGUGUUGUUAAUGGUGCUAGAUAUGUAUGAUUACGAUAUUAUUUUGGGCAUGGAUUGGCUGUCUGCUCAUCAUGCUAGUAUUAAUUGUUAUAAGAAGGAGAUAGUUUUUCACCCCUCAAGGGGAAAGAGCUUCCGGUUUCAGGGUACAAAGCUGGGAAGUGUUCCCAAGACAAUUACUGCUUUGAAGGCUAGGAAGCUAAUUGGUCACGGUGCUGUGGCAUUCCUGGCUAGUUUGGUAGCAGUGGGACGAGUGGAUACAGAUGUAUCAACUGUACCUGUAGUGAAUGAAUUCCUGGAUGUUUUUUCUGAUAAAUUACCUGGUUUACCACCAGAGCGGGAAGUCAACUUUGGUAUUGAACUAGAACCAAGGACAACACCUAUCUCUAAAGCUCCUUAUAGGAUGGCUCCCGCGGAAUUGAAAGAGUUGAAUGUUUAUGGAACUGAUGAAUCGGGUAUUCCAGGAUUUUCUGGAUUCUUUUGUCAUUGUGUUCAUUGA